GGGGAGGCCGCGCUGCCGGGCUGCGGCUGGCUCCGGGCGGUCUCGCCUUGGCUCCCCUGUGUGUGUUUCCCCUUUAACCGGUGUGUCAGUUGCAGGAAAGGUCCCGCUGAGGAGGCUCGGAGGCGAAGCAGGGGCAGGGCGGGCCGGCCGGGAUGUCUGCUGCGAGGGAGGAGGAUGUCUGCAGCCACGUCAAGGUGGUGGUCCGCGUCCGCCCCGAGUCGCAGAAGGAAAAAGAGGGCAACUUCAGCAAGGUGGUGCACGUCGUCGACCAGCACAUCCUGGUCUUCGAUCCCAAGGAGGAAGAAGUGGGCUUUUUUCACAGGAAGAAGCUGGUCCACAGGGAUAUCAACAAGAGGGUAAAGAAAGACCUGAAGUUCGUGUUCGACGCUGUUUUUGCGGAAAGCUCAUCCCAGGUGGAGGUCUUUGAGCAUACAACUAAAAGUGUCCUUGAUGGCUUCCUAAAUGGCUAUAACUGUACAGUGCUUGCGUAUGGUGCAACAGGAGCUGGAAAGACUCACACGAUGCUAGGUUCUCCUGAAGAUCCUGGAGUCAUGUAUUUAACCAUGAUGGCACUUUAUAAUUGCAUGGACCAAAUAAAAGAAGAUAAAAUAUGCAAUGUUGCUGUGUCUUAUUUAGAGGUCUACAAUGAACAGAUCCGCGAUCUCCUGGUGAACUCGGGACCUCUAGCUGUUCGUGAAGAUACCCAGAAAGGGGUGGUAGUUCAAGGGCUAACGUUACAUCAGCCUAAAUCAGCAGAGGAAAUCCUUCAAAUGUUGGAUUAUGGAAAUAAAAAUAGAACACAGCAUCCCACAGAUGUAAAUGCAUCCUCUUCUCGGUCCCAUGCUGUAUUUCAGAUUUAUCUAAGGCAGCAAGACAAAACAGCUAGUAUUAGUCAAAACGUUCGCAUUGCCAAAAUGUCCCUCAUUGACCUGGCAGGAUCUGAACGUGCCAGUGCUACAAAAGCCAAGGGGGCUCGUUUUAGAGAAGGAGCAAAUAUUAACCGCUCCCUUCUAGCUCUUGGAAAUGUCAUUAAUGCCUUGGCUGAUCCAAAGAGCAAAAAACAGCAUAUUCCUUAUCGAAACAGCAAGCUCACACGUUUAUUGAAAGAUUCCCUUGGAGGAAAUUGCCGAACGAUAAUGAUAGCUGCUGUUAGUCCAUCUUCUAUGUUCUAUGAUGAUACUUAUAAUACUCUUAAGUAUGCAAACCGAGCAAAGGAUAUUAAAUCUUCUUUGAAGAGCAACGUUGUUAGUUUUGACAGCCACAUAAGCCAAUACGUUAAAAUUUGCAAUGAACAGAAGAAAGAGAUCAUAAUGUUGAAAGAGAAACUGAGAGCAUAUGAAGAAAAGAAAGCAAGUGUUCUUGAAAAUUCCAAUGCUGCAGUACUUUCAAACCAUCAGCAAGAGGAAAUAAAAAGAUACCAAGAAAUCCUUAAAAAUGUGUUUGCGAACCGUGAAGAAAUCAGAAAAGAAUACCUAAAGCUGGAAAUGCAACUGAAAGUAAACGCACUGAAAACACAUUACGAGAAACAAUAUCAUGAACAAAUCCAACUAAUGUGCUCUGAAGAAAGAGUAGAAAAGGCUACUUGUAAGCGGGAUCAUAGGCUUGCAAGACUUAAAACCUACUGUGCACACAUGCAGAAGAAGAAAGAGGAGGAGAUGGAACGCUUUGAGGAAAAUUGCAAUUGGCUGCAUCGAGUUGAAAACGAAAUGCGCCUCCUGGGUCAAGAUGGGAGUAUUCCGAAGGAACUAUCUAAAGAUCUUCAGUGUUGCCAUUUAAACCUAGAAGCUAAGGACCUGAAAGCACAAAUUGAGCAUAUGUUAUCACUAGUGUCCCUUCAAGAUCAGCAUUAUAAGCAGACAGAAAAAGUACUAAAUAGUUUGCUUCCAGUUCUUCGCAAGCAAUAUCUGAUUUUGAAAGAAGCUGGGUUGUCAAAUGCUUUAAUUGAGACAGAAUAUGGUGAGGUGGAGCAACUGAUUCAAAGGCAAAAAUCAGUAGUUUGGGCUGACCAGACUGGAGAAGAGGAACGCAGUCAAAACCAGGAGCUAGAAGUGUCAACCAUUUUUGAAUUCCCACAACUUGUGAACAAACCAAACACCCCGUGCUGUACAACUUCUGGUACACCAUCACAAGAAAUGAAGAAAAAUACACAACUGGUGGAACUUGAGGUACCACAACAGAAGAGAACCAGGCGGAAGCUAAUGGACUCUCCGGUUACAACUCCAAGUCCUGCUGCAUCCAAGCACUAUAGCCUCCCUCAUCUUGAGGAUUCUCUAAGCAAGGAGUUUUGCCCCAUCAUCUAUACACCAGAAUCUUGCAGAAAACCAGUACAAAGCUGCAGCAUGCGGACUGCGGUAAAGCAAGAUUUACGCCUUUCAGGCCCUCAGGCAGCAAAUGAAUGCAAUGCAAAUAUGCAGCUGAAAAAGGCUAGUGUUACGGACUUGACGUGUGAUGUUAUCCCAGAGUGUGAUGAAGGUGACAUGGACUCAACAGUAAUUCUCUAUGAAAGGACAGGUGAAGCAAAUGAAGCUUCUGUUGACUCAUCUGUAGAACAGUCACAGCCAUGCAGCAGUAGCAUUCUGCAAAGACUUGGUCUCCCUUCCUUGAAAAGCAAAAAUACUACUACCUCAGUACCUGAGAAGCCGUCAUAUAUGGCAAUGACUUCUGCUGCUGAGAGAAAACGAAAGGUAUUAAGUUCUAUGUCAAACACUGACUUAGGUAGCCUGAGAGAAGAAGUUUCUGCAAAACGUGUUCGACAGGAGAUCGUGUUAAGCAAUCGAGUUUUGAGAGUACCCAAAAUAGCGGGAAUUGGAAGGAGGAGUUGGAAGGAAGAACGGGAUGUGUCAAGAAACCUUGCUAGAAGCCUUUCUGAAGGAAAUGUAGCACUUGGUGCUAAAUCAAGGACAUCAAAAAAUCUUCUACUUCAUGUUUGCAAGAAAAAAAAUAGGAUUUAGGUUCAUCGGUAAUUCAAGCAGGAUUAAUGUAAAGCAAGUGAGAACAGAGUGACUUUGUUUUCCCUCUUGUGAAUUAUUUUGUUUUAAAGAUGUCUCAGUAAUACAGAACUUCAAAAAAAAAAAAAAAAAAUCCAGUUACCGGAAAUAAGAAGAUUUUCAUCAAUUCUAAAACAGAAUAAACUCAUUUGUCUCCUGUUUGAAAAUUUACAAGUAUUCUCAGUAUAUUAACAAAUAAAUAUGAAAUUUUAUUUCAAGUUCUGAAUGGAGAAGUGCCUGGGAUAUCUUCUACCACAGUCUUAGAGUUUUUUCCUGUGUGUAUGACUAAUAGAAUAAUACUUCAUACAGUGCAAGUCUUAAAGGCAAUCAGAGGUACUGUAACUUUUUGGAAUGACUCUACAUUGCUCACCUAUACUCAGUCUUAAUUUUGUAAUAAUUGUGUCAUACAAAAGUAGAAAAAUUCUUUGGACCUGCUAAAUUUUUAUUGUGAUUUCAUAAUGUUACCAUGGGUUUUCAUUUGGAAGCAUGUGAAAGACAUUAAUAUUGAAGUGUAUUCAUGCUGAGCAUUAGAAUGCUAUUUUAAUAUUAGGUAACAUUUUUAUUGUGGAUAGGUAAUACCAGUGUAGUGCCAGGAGACAGAAAAAUCUUUACAAAAAGGGUUUUAAAGAUGUAUUAUGUCUUAAAGUUUAGCCUGUGUUUCUAACCUUUUACUUGGUUGUAAAUGUUCCUGUUUUGUAUUUCAGUUUUGAGUUCAUUUGUAAAUAGGAUAAUUAUGUUAAUAACUCUGAAUAAAUUUUGAGUUACAACUAAAAGCA